AUGCUGAAGGAGCUCCAGCUCUCCCUGUGGGUGGCCCUGCUGCUUGUCUGUGGCUUCCUCUACCAGCUCACCGUGAAGUCCAGCUGCUUCUUCUGCCUGCCGCCCUCCAAGUCCCCGCAGGGGCUGGAAGCCCUCCUGGGCCAGGGACGCAGCAUUGUGUUUCUAGAGACCUCAGAGAGAAUGGAGCCACCCUCGCUGGUCUCCUGUGCUGUGGAGUCUGCUGCCAGGAUUUAUCCUGAGCAUCCUGUGGUGUUCUUGAUGAAGGGUCUCAGCAAUUUCACACAGCUGCCCCCAAACUCCACUUACUCGGCCUUUUCCCUCCUCUCAGCAAUAGACAAUGUUUUCCUCUUCCCUCUGGAUAUGAAAAGGCUAUUUGAAGACACACCGUUGUUUUCCUGGUACACUCAAGUCAACGCCGGUACAGAGAGGAAUUGGCUUUACGUCAGCUCCGAUGCGUCCCGCCUGGCCGUCAUCUGGAAGUACGGCGGCAUCUACAUGGACACCGACGUCAUCUCCAUCAGGCCCAUCCCAGAGGAGAACUUUUUGGCUGCACAGGCUUCUAAGUUCUCUAGUAACGGGGUGUUUGGAUUCCUCGCCCACCACCCCUUCCUGUGGGGGUGCAUGGAAAACUUUGUUGAACACUACAAUUCAGACAUUUGGGGCCACCAGGGUCCCGAUUUGAUGACGAGGAUGUUGAGAGUAUGGUGCAAACUCGGAGACUUCCAGGAGGUGAGCGACCUCAGGUGUUUGAAUGUGUCCUUCCUGCACCCCCAAAGGUUUUACCCCAUCCCCUUUUCAGAGUGGAGGCGCUACUAUGAAGUCUGGGACACAGACCCGAGCUUCAACGACUCCUACGCCCUGCAUCUGUGGAACUACAUGAACCGGGAAGGGAGGGCCGUGGUUCGAGGAAGCAACACGCUGGUGGAGAAUCUUUACCGGAAGCACUGUCCCAGGACGUACAGGGACCUGAUUCAAGGCCCAGAAGGGUCGGUGACUGGGGAGUUGGGUCCACCUAACGAAUAG